GUAUGUGUGGGAGAAGGAUGGGGCUACACUGGCUGUGGAGACCAAUCCCCGUGUCCGCCUGGACAGAAAUGGCUCCCUGCACAUCUCACAGACAUGGUCGGGGGACAUUGGCACAUAUACCUGCCGGGUGCUCUCGGCUGGUGGCAAUGACUCUCGCAGUGCACACCUGCGAGUCAGGCAGCUGCCCCAUGCCCCUGAGCACCCUGUGGCGAUGCUCAGCACUGUGGAGAGGCGAGCCAUCAACCUGACAUGGGCCAAACCCUUCGACGGCAACAGCCCUCUGAUCCGCUAUGUCCUGGAGAUGUCAGAGAACAAUGCCCCCUGGACUAUACUGCUGGCCAGUGUGGACCCAGAAGCCACCUCCGUGAUGGUCAAGGGCUUGGUUCCUGCACGAUCCUACCAGUUCCGUCUUUGUGCCAUCAACGAUGUGGGCAAAGGACAGUUCAGCAAGGACACCGAGAGGGUUUCCCUCCCCGAGGAACCCCCCACGGCCCCUCCCCAGAAUGUCAUUGCCAGUGGCCGGACCAACCAGUCCAUCAUGAUCCAGUGGCAGCCACCUCCUGAGAGCCACCAGAAUGGAGUCCUCAAGGGUUACAUCAUCAGGUACUGCCUGGCCGGGCUGCCUGUCGGGUAUCAGUUCAAGAACAUCACGGAUGCUGAUGUCAACAACCUGUUGCUGGAGGACCUCAUCAUUUGGACCAACUAUGAGAUUGAGGUGGCUGCCUACAACAGUGCCGGGCUAGGUGUCUACAGCAGCAAAGUGACAGAGUGGACACUGCAGGGAGUUCCCACGGUCCCCCCAGGCAACGUGCACGCGGAAGCCACCAACUCCACCACCAUCCGCUUCACCUGGAACGCCCCCAGCCCCCAGUUCAUCAACGGCAUCAACCAGGGCUACAAGCUGAUCGCCUGGGAGCCAGAGCAGCAGGAGGAGGUCACCAUGGUGACUGCCCGGCCCAACUUCCAGGACAGCAUCCACGUGGGCUUCGUGUCAGGUCUGAAGAAGUUCACUGAGUACUUUACUUCUGUACUCUGCUUCACCACCCCAGGGGACGGGCCCCGCAGCAGCCCCCAGCUGGUGCGCACUCAUGAAGAUGUGCCAGGGCCCGUGGGACACCUGAGCUUCGAUGACAUCCUGGACACCUCACUGAAGGUCAGCUGGCAGGAACCGGCGGCGAAGAAUGGCAUCCUCACAGGGUACCGGAUCUCCUGGGAGGAAUACAACCGAACCAACACCCGUGUGACUCACUAUCUGCCCAAUGUGACCCUGGAGUACCGUGUGACAGGCCUCACUGCGCUCACCACCUACACCAUUGAGGUGGCCGCCAUGACUUCCAAAGGCCAGGGCCAGGUGUCUGCCUCCACAAUCUCCUCUGGGGUGCCUCCAGAGCUCCCUGGUGCCCCCACCAACCUGGGCAUUUCCAACAUUGGCCCCCGUUCUGUGACCCUGCAGUUCAGGCCAGGGUACGAUGGGAAGACCUCCAUCUCCCGCUGGCUGGUGGAGGCCCAGGUAGGCGUGGUCGGGGAGGGAGAGGAGUGGUUGCUCAUCCACCAACUGAGCAAUGAGCCAGAUGUGCGCUCCUUGGAGGUGCCUGACCUCAACCCCUUCACUUUCUACAGUUUCCGAAUGCGCCAGGUGAACAUUGUAGGCACUAGCCCACCCAGUCAGCCUUCUAGAAAGAUCCAGACCCUCCAGGCACCCCCAGACAUGGCCCCAGCCAACGUAACUCUGCGCACAGCCAGUGAGACCAGCCUGUGGUUCCGCUGGAUGCCUCUCCCAGAGAUGGAAUACAACGGGAACCCUGAGUCUGUGGGCUACAAGAUCAAGUACAGCCGGUCAGAUGGCCAUGGGAAAACUCUGAGCCACGUGGUCCAGGACCGAGUGGAGCGGGAGUACACCAUUGAAGACCUGGAGGAGUGGACAGAGUAUCGCGUCCAGGUCCAGGCCUUCAACGCCAUUGGAAGUGGACCCUGGAGCCAGAUGGUGGUGGGCAGGACCCGGGAAUCAGUCCCGUCCUCUGGUCCCACCAACGUGUCCGCACUGGCCACAACCUCUAGCAGCAUGCUGGUACGCUGGAAUGAGAUCCCUGAAGCCGAUCGCAACGGGCUUGUGCUGGGCUACAAGGUGAUAUACAAGGAGAAGGACGCAGACUCCCAGCCCAGCUUCUGGCUGGUAGAAGGCAACUCAUCUCGCAGUGUCCAACUCACAGGCUUAGGGAAGUACGUGCUCUACGAGGUCCGGGUGCUGGCCUUCACACGCGUGGGGGACGGCAGCCCCAGCCACCCUCCCGUACUGGAGCGGACGCUGGAUGAUGUCCCAGGCCCGCCCAUGGGCAUCCUGUUCCCAGAGGUGAGGACCACAUCUGUGAGGCUGAUCUGGCAGCCCCCUGCUACACCGAACGGUAUCAUCCUGGCUUACCAGAUCACACACCGGCUCAACGCCACCACAGCCAACACUGCCACGGUGGAGGUGCUGGCACCCAGCGCCCGCCAGUACACAGCCACCGGUCUCAAGCCAGAGUCUGUCUACCUGUUCCGCAUCACAGCCCAGACCCGCAAAGGCUGGGGAGAGGCUGCUGAAGCCUUGGUGGUGACCACCGAGAAGAGAGACCGCCCCCAGCCCCCCAGCAAGCCUGUGGUGCAGCAGGAGGAUGUGAAAGCACGCAGUGUGCUACUGUCCUGGGAGCCAGGCAGUGACGGGCUGUCCCCAGUGCGUUACUACACGGUCCAGACUCGCGAGCUGCCCAGUGGCAGGUGGGCACUGCACUCAGCCUCCGUGAGCCACAAUGCUUCCUCCUUCACUGUGGACAGGCUUAAGCCCUUCACAUCCUACAAGUUCCGAGUGAAGGCGACCAAUGACAUCGGGGACAGUGAGUUUAGCGAGGAGUCUGAAUCGCUGACCACCCUGCAGGCCGCCCCCGAUGAAGCACCCACCAUCCUCUCAGUGACGCCCCACACCACCACUUCUGUGCUAAUCCGAUGGCAGCCACCAACUGAGGACAAGAUCAAUGGUAUCCCUCUGGGCUUCCGCAUCCGGUACCGGGAACUGCUGUAUGAAGGGCUGAGGGGUUUCACUCUUCGAAGCAUCAACAACCCAGGGGCCAAGUGGGCCGAGCUCACCUCCUUAUACUCCAUGCGGAACCUGACCCGGCCUAGCCUCACGCAGUACGAGCUGGACAACCUGAACAAGCACAGGCGGUAUGAGAUUCGGAUGAGUGUGUACAACGCUGUGGGUGAGGGCCCCUUGAGUCCCCCUCAGGAGGUCUUUGUUGGGGAGGCAGUGCCCACAGCAGCACCCCAAAACGUCGCUGUCCAUGGUGCUCUGGCCACACAGUUGGAUGUGACAUGGGAGCCACCCCCACUGGACAGCCAGAAUGGAGACAUCCAGGGCUACAAGAUUUAUUUCUGGGAAGCCCAGAGGCAGAACCUCACAGAGCGGGUGAAGACGCUUUUCCUGGCUGAGAACGGCGUGAAACUCAAGAACCUGACGGGCUACACCACUUACAUGGUCAGCGUGGCAGCCUUCAAUGCUGCAGGCGACGGGCCGCGGAGUACCCCCACCCGGGGCCAGACCCAGCAAGCAGCCCCCAGUGCUCCCAGCUCUGUCAAGUUCAGCGAACUGACCACGACCUCGGUGAACGUGUCCUGGGAAGCCCCACGGUUCCCCAAUGGUAUCCUGGAAGGCUACAGGCUGGUGUAUGAGCCCUGCACCCCAGUGGAUGGGGUCAGCAAGAUUGUAACAGUGGACGUGAAGGGGAACAGCCCACUGUGGUUGAAGGUGAAGGACCUGGCAGAGGGAAUGACCUACAGGUUUCGAAUCAGAGCCAAGACCUUCACCUACGGGCCUGAAAUCGAAGCCAAUGUCACCACGGGCCCAGGAGAAGGUGCCCCGGGACCACCAGGAGUGCCAAUCAUCGUGCGAUACAGCUCCGCCAUUGCUAUCCACUGGUCCAGUGGAGACCCCGGCAAAGGGCCUGUCACCCGCUACGUCAUAGAAGCCAGGCCUUCAG